AUGCCUUCCUCAGUUGCGGCAAAGUCCAGACCCCUACCCCCUGGAAUCUUCUGUCCAGUAAUAUCUCUUUACAAAGCGACAUCUCGACAAGAAAUUGACUAUGAAGCGUCAUACAAAUACUUCUCCUACCUAAUCCGCGGAGGUGUUGACGGCCUUGUUCUGGGUGGAACAACCGCUGAGGCAGUUUUAUUGUCCUCAACAGAGCGACAAGAGCUAAUCAAGAUCGCUCGACGUGCCGCGGUAGAUCUGGGAUUUGACAACUUCCCACUGGUAGCGGGUAUUAGUGGACAGUCGACAAAUGAAUCAAUACGCUUGGCGGAAGAAGCUCGACAGGCAGGCGCAGACUUCGGGCUCUUGUUGCCCCCAAGCUAUUGGGCCAAAGCUGUAUCGAAGGACGUUAUUAUCGACUUCUACAAGGACGUUGCGGACGAGAAUAUUCUCCCCAUCGUCAUCUAUAGUUUUCCCGCUGUCUGCAAUGGCGUGGACAUGAACUCGGAUGUCAUGUCGACGCUGGCCCAGCAUCCCAACAUCGUCGGUGUCAAGCUGACCUGUGGGAAUGCGGGGAAGGUCACCCGACUUACGCAAGAGUAUUCGCAUGAACAAUUCAGUGUUUAUGCGGGUUCAUCAGAUUGGCUUAUUCCCUGCCUCAGUGGUGGAGGAUCCGGCUGCGUGACGGGAAUAGGUAAUGUCUUCCCCAAGUCGGUCGCCAGGUUAUGUGCUCUGUGGAAGAACGGAAACGUACAGGAGGCCAUGAAGCUGCAGGGCUUAGUUGCGCAGGCUGAAAAGGCCUGCAAAGAGGGUAUCGCACCAACCAAGUUCGCAGCAGCGCACUUUGCGGGGCCCCUGGCAGGCGUUACAGAAGAAGAGGCAUUUUGGCCUCGAAAGCCAUAUAAGCCGUCGGCAAAGGGUAUGCAAGACUGGGUUGUGAGUGUAAUGCAACAUCUGGUCGAGAUUGAGAAUUCUCUACCUGAUGUGUCUGGCCCCAGGAGGGCCCAAUGA